GCUAUCGCUGCACGCGAGGACAAACUUCGCUCUCUCGCCCCCAUCUCUCUCCCUCACCCCCUCUUUCGCCUAUCGGUCGGUCCUCCCAUCCCACCGACCAAAUCCCAUCACCGCUCUCUCUCUCUCUCGUUUCCUGUGGAGAGAGAUCUAUAUACAGAUCGCGUUAUCUCCCGUCGAACUCAGUGAUGAGCGCUCGUUCUCCCCCGGCGACGGCAAGAUGCAUCAUGGAUCCUCCACGUUCGAUGGCUUCUUCUUGGACGUGAAGGAAGGGGUGGACGACAUGAUCAAAUUCUUAGCCAAUGAGCCCUCCGUGGGGCUCUUCUUCGUCCAGCAGCACGCCCAGACCUCCAUGCCCUACCUCCUCAACCUCAAGGACAAGGUGGGGGAAAAGAUUCAUGAAGUGACCCUGCACACCGAGGACAUAGAGGAUUCUAUCUGUUCAGUCAGGUCAAUGGCAGAAUAUGGUAUUCCUAUUGCUGAUGAGAUGAUUAAGGACAUUAAUAGAUCACUACACAUCGUGUCAGCAUCCCAACCUAAGAGAGGUGUAAUCCGCAACCCAAGUUGGGGUGGUCAGGAGGAUACAUCCGGUCGCAGCAUCAUGACUGCCCCGCGCGAAGGAAGCAGUCGCAGCAGUUAUCUGUCAGCUGUUUUCAAGUCCACAAAGUGGAAAGCGGGUGGGCUCAGAUGGUCCCAGACAAAUUCGAUGAUGGAAGACCCCAAGAGUGGCAACCCGUUGUCAUCUGUAACACCGCCACAAGCAGUCGGCUCGGUUACUCCCGCCACCACAGAUACAGAUGGUGACGAAUUACCUUUGUCAAGCCAACUUUUGGAUGACGAGAGCUUGUACGUUCCUGACACGUCGACCGUGUUGGACGACUAUGAUAAGUUCAAAUCUGAACGAGAGGCUAAAUUUGAAGAGUGGCUCCAAGAGGCGGAGAACCGUGUCAGCUGCAGUGAGUCCGGUAUCUGACGCUUGUCGUAAUAUGGAUUUGUGAUGACAAUUUGAGGCCGUGGUUGUCUUUGUGCCUAUUCUUUGUUGUGGCAUCCAAAUGUUGAGUAAACACGUUAUGUAUGGAAUGGGAAUAAACAACAGUUUCUUCUUCUUCA